GUCAGCUAGUCCUAACCAUGGCUAUCGUGGCUCUCUCAAAGCCCAAAACGUGUGGUUUUUUUUGCCCCCCGCGCACCAUCUGAUUGGAGCGAAUUCCUUCUCCUCCUCCAGCCCUCUUCUUCCUUCUUCCUUCUCAAAUCCCAAGGAAAAUCCACAAUUGCUAUCCAAACCCGAACACUCUACUCCAAGGCCAGCCCUUGAAUCCAAACCAAAAAUGAAGAAAGAAGGCCAAGAUCCAGCGCGGAACAGGCACCGACAGAGAAUAAACUGUGCGCGGUGGCCGGAGUCGAGGAGCGGACGACUCAAUUGGCGAGUAGAAUUGAGCUGUUGAAGAAGGCCUUCGAUUUGGACCUGACACUGAUGGCAAAACCCUUUAUGCUUCUUCUUUUCUUGUUUGAUCGAUCUCUUCCCCUUUGCUUGUUUCUUUGCCCACAGACCCUUCUUGUCAUUAUGUUCAGGACCAUUGAUUUUGGAUUUGGGAUUUGAUGAGGGACAGAGAGGGAGAAUGGAUCUGAUACUCUGAUGGCCGAGGAAGAAGAGGGAAUUCAGCAGUUUGGGGAGAAAAGAGAAAAGACAAAAAACAAAAAAAACACACACAUGUCGAUCUGCAAAAGAGCCGCGUCGUGGUUGGCUAAGACUGGCUGACCAGCCAAGUAUUAUCCGUAAAAUAAAAGAUGAAGUCAAAUGGAAGCAAUCUUCUAAUGUCGGUGGCCGUCGCGGUUUGCCGCGUAUUUUUUGUUUCUUCCAUUCCUACUUUGUUCAUAUAUAUUAUUUCCCGAUGAAUCCACUUCUGGCAGAGAAUUGUCAUAGUUUGAUAUCAUAAUCUCCACGACUUUACAACCACAAUGCAAAUAAAUUGGUGCGAAACCACUCAGGGCACGCAAUCACUUGGCUCUUUGUCUUCCUGCCAUCAUCAUAGAGCUCUUUCCAGGAAAAUAUCGACAUGCACGCGGGGUAAGUUUCAUGUAAGGGUUUGAAACUUUCAAUCCAAGUAACCUGCAUUACUAUAAAGUAAGGGCUUUGCAUGCAAGGUGGUAUACAACAUUAGCUACAAGAUAUCCUUUUGCACUUUAGCAUUCCUAGAUCAAUUGUGACACGAUCCCAUUGUCUUGUCAAAAGUUCUUUUACUGCCAACCGAUCAAUCAGAAUAGUUUCUGUGAUACGCCUUGCUGUUUCGAAAGAGCAUGAGUAGGUCAACCUUCAGUGCCCUGCAUGAAAAAUUGCGAAGCGAUGUUGGGUUGAUUCUUGAUGUUCCGAGCAGUAGUCUUGGCAUAAGCAAAAGAAAAUGGCAUUCUGCUUUCAUUACCAUCUAUUGCUCUAGAGCCUUCCUCUCUUUACGACCUUCUACUCUUCCCAAACAUACCAACUCCAUAUUCAUAUCUCCCACACUCUCUUACUCCAUUGUUAGGGUCGAGCCAGUCUCGGUCCCAGCCAUUAAUGGAUUCAAAGCAGACCAAAAAAGCCUCACUGAGCUUGUGAAGGAGAAAAAUUUCAAGGAGCUCUUGGAGCUUGGAGGGAUUGAAGAAGUAGCAUCAGCUCUCAAAACUGAUGCAGAGCAUGGAAUCAAUGGUGAUGAUGCAGAAGACAUUGCGCGCAGACACGAAGCAUUUGGUUCCAACACAUAUAAGAAACCGCCAACGCAAGGAUUCCUCCAUUUUGUAUGGGAAGCCUUCAAAGACCUCACAAUCCUAAUCCUCUUGGGAUGUGCUGCGCUUUCUCUUGGUUUCGGCAUCAAAGAACAUGGAUUGAAAGACGGUUGGAUUGACGGUGGAAGCAUUUGUCUCGCAGUCAUUCUGGUCAUUUCUGUUUCAGCCAUUAGCAACUACAGACAGAGCAGACAGUUUGACAAAUUGUCCAAAAUCAGUAACAAUCUCCAAAUUGAGGCUGUGAGAAAUGGAAGGCGCCAGCAGAUUUCCAUAUUUGAAAUUGUGGUAGGUGAUGUCAUUUGUUUGAAGAUUGGAGACCAAGUUCCAGCUGAUGGAUUGCUUUUAGAUGGCCAUUCUUUAUCAGUAGAUGAAUCAAGCAUGACAGGGGAGAGCGACCAUGUUGAGGUGAGUGUCACUGAGAAUCCUUUCUUGUUCUCUGGGACUAAAAUAGCUGAUGGUUAUGGUCGCAUGCUUGUCACGUCAGUCGGGAUGAACACAAACUGGGGUGAAAUGAUGAGCCAAAUUAGCCAAGACACCAGUGAAAAGACACCUCUGCAAGCACGUUUAGACAAGCUAACUUCGUCCAUCGGUAAAGUUGGUUUGGCAGUUGCUUUCUUUGUUCUUGUAGUCAUGUUGGUCCGGUACUUCACAGGGAAUACAGAGGAUGACAAUGGAAACAAAGAGUACAAUGGCAGCAAGACAAAAUCUAAUGACAUAAUAAAUGCCGUUAUUGGGAUUGUAGCAGCUGCCGUUACAAUUGUUGUGGUGGCAAUUCCAGAAGGUCUACCAUUAGCUGUGACUCUCACUCUUGCUUAUUCCAUGAAGAGAAUGAUGGUUGAUAACGCAAUGGUGCGGAAGCUCUCUGCUUGUGAGACCAUGGGAUCUGCUACAACAAUUUGUACUGACAAAACAGGUACUCUGACCAUGAACCAGAUGAAGGUGACUAAGUUUUGGUUGGGGAAAGAAAGUGUGGAAGAAGAAGCUUAUUCAUCUAUCUCUCCUUGUGUUCUCGACUUGAUCCAAGAAGGGGUUGCUCUUAAUACAACUGGUGGUGUGUACAGGCCUAGCUUGGAUUCUGAAAUGGAGAUCUCAGGCAGUCCAACUGAAAAGGCUAUUCUUUCAUGGGCGGUACAUGGGUUGAACAUGGAUAUGGAGAAAGUCGGGAAGAGUUCUAGCAUUCUCCACGUUGAAGCCUUUAAUUCGAAGAAGAAACAGAGUGGAGUUCUGGUGAAGAGAAAGGCUGACAGCUCAGUCCAUGUACACUGGAAAGGGGCAGCAGAGAUGAUACUAGCAAUGUGCACAAGUUACUACAAUGCCUCUGGAGUUGUCAAGGAUAUUGAUACAAUUGAAAAAAGGAACUUUGAGCAGAUUAUUCAAGGUAUGGCAGCUAGCAGCCUCAGAUGCAUAGCAUUCGCACAUAAAGAAGUUGCAGCAGAGGGGCAAGUUGAAGGAGACCAGAAAGUUGAGCUAAAGGAAGAUGGUUUGACCCUACUGGGAGUUGUCGGUCUUAAAGAUCCAUGUCGUCCCGGUGUGAAGAAAGCAGUUGAAGAAUGCCAAUAUGCAGGGGUGAACGUCAAAAUGAUUACCGGCGACAAUGUUUUCACUGCAAAAGCCAUAGCCACUGAAUGUGGGAUACUCAGGCCUGGUCAAGACAUGCUUGGAGCAGUGAUCGAAGGUGUGGAAUUUCGCAACUACACACCAGAACAGAGAAUGGAGAAAGUUGAGAAAAUUUGUGUGAUGGCAAGGUCUUCUCCUUUUGAUAAGCUUCUAAUGGUGCAAUGCUUGAAACAGAAAGGUCAUGUAGUUGCUGUGACGGGUGAUGGCACUAAUGAUGCACCGGCAUUGAAAGAAGCUGAUAUAGGACUUUCCAUGGGGAUUCAAGGCACCGAAGUUGCCAAGGAAAGCUCAGAUAUUGUGAUCAUGGAUGAUAACUUUGCUUCAGUUGCUACAGUUUUGAUGUGGGGAAGAUGUGUCUACAAUAAUAUCCAGAAGUUCAUACAAUUCCAACUCACCGUCAAUGUUGCAGCUCUUGUGAUCAACUUUGUGGCAGCAGUUUCAGCAGGUCAAGUCCCAUUAACAGCAGUUCAAUUAUUGUGGGUAAACUUGAUCAUGGACACACUUGGAGCUCUUGCUCUUGCCACAGAAAAACCCACAAAAGAACUUAUGGAGAAGCCACCAGUGGGAAGGACAGCGCCUCUCAUCACAAACAUCAUGUGGAGGAACCUCUUGCCUCAAGCUCUAUACCAGAUAACCGUCCUCUUGAUCUUACAAUUCAGGGGCAAAGCAAUCUUCGGUGUCAGUGAUAAGGUAAAGGACACAUUGAUCUUCAACACUUUUGUGCUUUGCCAGAUAUUUAAUGAGUUCAAUGCAAGAAAGCUAGAGAAGAAGAAUGUCUUCAAGGGAAUACACACCAACAAGUUGUUUAUGGGGAUCAUCGCGGUGACAAUUGUUCUUCAGGUUGUGAUGGUUGAGGUUCUCAAGAAAUUUGCAGAUACAGAGAGGCUGAAUUGGGGACAAUGGGGUGUAUGCAUUGGGAUUGCAGUCAUCUCUUGGCCAAUUGGUUGGCUAGUCAAGUGUAUCCCCGUUCCAGAGAAACCCAUAUUCAGCUAUCUGAAGAUGAAGAAAAAUAAGCACUCUGUUUGAAAUAAACUGGCCGGAUAACCAUCAUGCAGGGUUGGAUAGUUUUUGUAUAGCUCCAUACCAGGAAAAUAAUAUCGCAUUCUUUUAUUAAAUAAUUCCUAAUUAAUUUUUUAUUAUCAAUAAACAUUCAUUAGUAUUCUA